UUAGGGCCACAAUGCCUCGCACGAAUUCCUGCGUAAACUUUGUCUUCCCCGCUAUAAGCUGCGUCCAGGAGUCAACUAUGGCUUCGAAACAAGAGCCCUGCCCCCGUCCAGCCCUCCGCUACACCAGUUCUCCCCAUGGGGUCCAGGCUAGCUACCAGCAACCGACAUUAGCCGAACGUCUCGCAGCUACGAAGCCAAAACCCUCGUCAAGACUCCCCACUCAGCCUACAAGGCCCGACGUUGAGCAUUUCCCAGCACCACUGGUCCUACCAGAUGAUUAUCUUGCCGUGGAACCAGGCGCAGCUCAGAACUUCCAAAAAUGGCACAGUGUUCACAAUCAAGUUACCUCCCGGCGAAGAACCAUCUAUGUCGCCUCGCCUCCUAUUAAGAAAGCAACCGAUAUAGAUUCCUGGACACAGCCAGUUGAAUCCGUUACAGAGAUGCAACCCCAGAAGCCAAACCCGCAGGAUAUUAUAGACUACUUGACAGCAUUUUACCACGGCCUCCCAGUCCAGGAACUCAACUUCCCAAGUUACGGCUUUACACCAUGGCCAGGGGAUAAGCCAAAGGCCGACGGAAGCUGCUUUAUCGGACUGAAUACGCAGAAGCAGCGUCUGCGUAUUCGUGCCCGACUGUCUCCUGACCAGGUUUAUCCUUACCAGUUGAGUCUGGAGGAUCUGCUCGACGCCUCCAUCUUUAUGCUGCCACGCGAUGCGUACGCUCUGUGCUUACUCGUCGACCAUGACCUCUUCGAGGACGAUGACGAUAUCUUUGUCUGUGGCCGUGCGUAUGGCGGAAGGCGUGUUGCUAUUGUAUCUACAGCCAGAUAUAAUCCUUGUCUUGAUGGACUGCAAGCGGUGGAACGGGAGCACGCCUGGCCGGCGUCUCACUGUGAGAGGUUCAUUCAGGAAGCAUUCAGUGGACAAAACCCUACUAGGGCUAGAAAGAAAGCAAAGCAUACCAACAGCCCAGAACCAAAUCCCAACUCUCCCCUCAAAUCGGCAGUCGCUGCAUACUCGGUCGCCAAUAAUACUCACACUGAUAGUCCUACCAACCUCUCAACCCUAUGGCUCUCCAGAAUGACCCGCACCGUAAGCCAUGAGGUAGGCCAUUGCUUCGGGAUUGGUCACUGUACGUACUACGCUUGUCUGAUGCAAGGAAGUGCGUCUUUGUCUGAGGAUAUGCGGCAGCCGCCGUACUUGUGUCCUGUGGAUUUGGCGAAGUUGCUCGCGGGUACCAAGGGCGAGAUGCAGGCAAGGUACAGUGCGCUUUUAGAGUACUGUGAACGGCUGCAUAUUCGGGGCUCACCUCACUUUGUGGCGUUUGGGGCUUGGUUAAGGGCGUCGAUUGCACGUUGAUCAACUAAUGGGAUUGCUUCUAUCUCGAUGAUUGACCUUUACAUCCAUGUCCCAUUCGCUUAAGCUUGAAAAAUUAGAUUCCGUUUCUCAAUUAUCAUAAAAAUAAUAUAUCGAAGAUAAGU